AUGCUUAGAAAUACCAUUGCAUUAAGAUCAUUUAUCAGAACACAGUCGACGCGCCCAUAUCCUGUAAAUGUAGAGGCAGUCUACUAUGCUCCUUUAAAGUUACCUAUCAAAUAUGGUGAUUUAGUUGCAGACAUUCAGUUAAGAUCGUAUGACAAUGAAAACCUCGAUUUUUAUUCAGACUUCAUACUUAGAACAGGUUACUAUUUGGGUAUCCCAUUGACAGGUCCUAAACCUUUGCCCACGAGAAGAGAAAGGUGGACUGUAAUAAAAUCACCUUUCGUGCACGCUAAAUCCAAAGAGAAUUUUGAAAGACAUACACAUAAGAGGCUCAUUAGGGCCUGGGAUACGAACCCCGAAGUGCUACAGAUGUUGAUAGCUUACAUUACGAAGCACUCUAUGGCAGGCGUCGGAAUGAAAUGUAACUUCUUUCAAAGGUCCGAAAUAUCGCUGGACUUGGGUUCGGACGCCAAUGGCCUCGAAAAAUCACUAAGCAAUAUCGAUGAAUUGUAUUCUCUGAGAAACGAUGAUAAAGCUCAAACUAGUGCUGUCGGACAAAAAGUAUUGGAACUAUUGGAUAGCCCCGAUUUUAAAAAACAUUUGGAAAAGAAGUAA